UGCGAUCCUGCAAAACGGUGUAUACGUACUGUUAGUAGCUCACACGCGUUACAUUCUAUUGACUAUGGCCAAAGGAAAGCAAGCUGCUGGUCAAAAAGCAAAGGCUAGCGCAUCUGGUGAUGAUGGCAAGAAAGGAGGCAAAUUGAAAGCUGCCAACAGCAUCAAGGUGCGACAUAUCCUUUGCGAAAAGCACGGCAAGUGUAUGGAAGCCAUGGCAAAAUUGAAGGAAGAGAAUAUGCGAUUUGACAAGGUCGCAGAAAUGUUCAGUGAAGACAAGGCAAAGGCAGGAGGUUCAUUGGGUUGGAUGACGCGAGGCUCGAUGGUUGGACCGUUUCAAGAUGCAGCCUUUGCUUUGCAACCUAGUUCAUGCGAUAGCCCCAUCUUCACGGAUCCACCGGUCAAGACGGGUUUCGGAUAUCACAUCAUCAUGGUUGAGGACCGCAAGUAGUGCACAACAUAUGUAACGUAUUUUGUGGUCUGAGAGUUGAAAGAAUCAACCACAACAAGCAACGUUGAUGCAAAUACUCGCGCACGCAAACACAUAACAGACUACUGCUAUAAUCCAUUCCCAUUCCCAGUACUCAGCCCGUAUAUACAAGUUUUUUCCCUCUAGAAAUUGCGGAUGUGUUUUUUUUAACACGACGGUGGGACGUUUUUUUCAAUUUUGCAC